AUGGCCAAAAUUUUAAUCUUAGUAGUAGUCUUACUUCAAGUGAGCUCUUUCAUGGGCUUUGCUAAAGGGGUUUAUACUCACAAAAAACACGCAAAACAUCACCCAUCAGCUCCAACUCCAUCCCCUGUUCAUUCACAAUCUUCUUACUCUUUUGAUUCUCUUGAUUUGGAUCAUCAUCACAAAAAACAUCCUAGACAUCACCCAUCAUCCCCAUCCCCUUCUCCUAGUCAAUCAACCUAUACCUCCUCUAUUGAUUCUAUAGAUAUAGAUCGUCAUCACAAGAGACAUCAUCGUCAUCAUCCAUCAACCCCAAGCCCUUCUCCUGUUCAGUCACCAUCUUCCGUCCAUAUUGAUUCCGUUGAUCUAGAGCAUCAUGGCAAGAAACAUCAUCAUCAUCAUCAUCCAUCAGCCCCUAUCCAUUCCCCUAUUCAAUCACCAUCUUCUUUAAUUAAUGAUUCCUUUGAUGUGGAUCAUCACCACAAGAAACAUCAUCGCCACCACCCAUCAGCCCCAACCCCUUCCCCAGCUCGAUCACAAUCUUCCUCCUCUAUUGAUUCUCUUGAUUUGGAUCGUCAUCACAAAAAACCCAAGAAGCAUCACCAUCAUCACCCACCAGCCCCAACCCCUUCCGCAUUUUGA